CUGACCCGUGGUGUCUUUUCGCCGUUUACAUUAACGUUACUUGUUUCCCUCGCGCUAUCUGGCAACCCGAGCUAAACUGCGACAGCGCCAAUGGCAGCAAAACAGAGCUGUUACAGGCGAGGAGGAUGACAGCGACAAGGUGAGACGAGCGCCGCCUGAAGUCACCGAGAGCGGGGGGAAUACCGGCAAAUCACGGAGAGACGGUCGUUGUGCGGCCGUGCGUCGCCUCCGCUAGAGAUAUUCACCGGUAUUUCAACUUUAUCUCAAGUUGCAGUGGUGUUCUGGCGAAACAUGUCAGCGUACGCUUACGAGCUAAAAAGCUAAGUAACGUUAGCAACCUGACGGUUAAGUGGAGCCGCUGUUCUGUAAUUACUGUCGCGGUAUCGGCAGCUAACGGCCGAGCGGUGCGACCGUUAACUAAACACAGGCCGGGUUGCGGGACAAGCCUGGUACCGAUAACCGCUGCCCCAACCGCUCUCGAGCCGUUGACCGACACGGGUAACCCGAAGUAGGACGGUCAGUUAAUUUAAGCUAAAAUGUUGACUCCGGCUGGCCAAGUAACGGUAAACUAGCGUGCUAGCGCGUGCUAAGUGUGACUCGAGGCCUUAAGGAUGUCAAACCAGACGCUUCCUCGUCCAUUUCGACCACAAAGGUGACGUCGUGUGCAGCGGUAACAUUACGGCGCUGUUCGGGAAAAGUGCAUCGAUUUAAUAGUUUGAUUUUGCCUGCCCACACGUGUUACUUUGGCUCCAAACAAAGAGCCUGUAGCGCUAAAGUCCUGCAUUCAGUAUGAUUCCCUGGCUGCGGUGGAGGUGAGGAAGCAUGGGGUGGAAAUUCGAGUUGUCGAGACGAACGACACGACAGUAUGGUUGAUGGUGGAGAAGCUCAAAAUGGAAAAACGCCCAUGCAGGGAGGAGAACAUUAACUCAAGCGAGGCCCAACAUGCCAGUGAUGAUUCUGAGGAUGGAAGCAGCUCGGAAAGCGAACCAGAAGAGCAGCAACACCAGAGGGUUCGGGUGAACAACAGGUGCAAGAAGAGGGAUCCCUUGGCUGUCGCAAAGCCCCACCGACAGCUCUGUCGUUCUCCAUGCCUCGACCGGCCCAGUUUUUCCCAGGGUAGCACUGCUCAAGAUCUUCGCGAGGAUGACACCGCUAUCGGACCAGCGAUCAAGCCUGCCAGUGACAGAGAGUACCAGACUAAGAUGGAAUUUGCAUUGAAGUUGGGCUAUUCGGGGGAGCAGGUGGAGACAGUGCUCAACAAGCUGGGGGCUGCUGCGCUUAUUAAUGAUGUUCUUGCUGAGCUGGUAAGGCUUGGAAACAAAGUAGAGCCUGAAAUCCAACCUUGCACAGCAACAGCAAUAUCACGGCCCCCCUGUGUGAAAGAGACUGUUAGCCCGGAGGUGUCGGUGGAAGACGACUCUGUGGAUAUGUUUGAUAACCUCAGGCCCAUUGUCGUUGAUGGCUCAAAUGUGGCAAUGAGUCACGGGAACAAAGAGGUGUUCUCCUGUCGUGGUAUCCAGCUUGCUGUUGACUGGUUUUUGGAGAAAGGACACAAGGACAUCACUGUGUUUGUCCCAGCCUGGAGAAAGGAACAGUCGAGGCCUGACGCCCUCAUCUCAGAUCAAGAAAUAUUACGCAAGCUGGAAAAAGAGAAGAUCCUGGUUUUCACCCCAUCUCGGAGGGUUCAAGGCAGGAGAGUGGUGUGCUAUGACGAUCGCUUCAUAGUGAAGCUGUCUUAUGAUUCUGAUGGAAUUAUUGUGUCAAAUGACAACUACAGGGACUUGCAAAAUGAGAAGCCAGAGUGGAAGAAGUUCAUAGAAGAGCGUCUCCUCAUGUACUCAUUUGUCAAUGACAAGUUUAUGCCACCUGAUGAUCCCCUUGGAAGACAUGGUCCAAGUUUAGAAAAUUUCCUCCGCAAGCGUCCUGUGGUUCCAGAGCACAAAAAACAACCUUGCCCCUAUGGGAAAAAGUGCACAUAUGGACAUAAGUGCAAGUACUAUCAUCCAGAGCGCGUCAACCAGCCACUGCGGUCAGUGGCCGAUGAACUACGGGCGUUUGCCAAAUUGUCCGCAGUGAAGACGAUGAGUGAGGGGGCUUUAGCUAAAUGCGGUACUGGUCCGGCAACUGUAAAGGGGGACGGCAACUCUGAGGUCAAACGUGUGCCACCCAAACGUCAAUCUGACCCCAGUAUUCGCUCAGUGGCCUGUGAACCUCUUGAGGCGCUGUCCGCCGCAAGGAAGUCUGAGACAAAUUCAGUGCCUUCCCUUGUGUCUGCUCUCAGCGUGCCCACCAUGCAGCCCGCCAAGAGUCACACAGCUGGGGCCUUGAACACACGAUCAGCCAGCAGCCCGGUGCCAGGCUCUUUGCAGUUCGGACACAGUUCUCUGGAGCACAUGUCCAGUGUACAGUACCCUCCUAUUUUAGUUACCAAUAGUCAUGGAGCCUCUAUUACAUACGGUGAACAGUUCCCAAAGUAUGACUCAGUUAGCGACCAUGGAUAUUAUUCACUGCACAGUGAUUUUUCAAACAUGAGCAUGAGCAGCAUGCAUAAUGUCGACAGUUUCUGUAGCAUGGAGCACGAGCAUAGUGUGUAUCAGAGGAAUCCCAGCCACUGCCUUGAAUCCUGCCUCAGCCAUUCAAACAGUGACUCCUUCUCCUCUUACGGGGACAUGUACCCAAGCUCCGUGGACAGCAGCUUAGAGGAGAGCAUGAAGGGGCAGCAUCAAUCUCCUGCGCAGGGUAGGAUGCAAGCUUUUUCCCAUGGGUUUCGUCAUGAAGCACUGAGUAGGGUACAGAGUUAUGGACCUGAGGAACCCAAGCAGGGCCCCCGCAAGCAGCCUGGAUCUCAUCUGGCCCCACAUAUCCAGCAUGUUGCAGUGGGAGCCAGGUCCAGCUGUCCUGGAGACUAUCCCCUCACUCAGAAUGUCCUUCCACCUUUGUCCUCGCAGCCCACACGGUCCCUCGGUAUGACUCGCAUGGACAGCAUAUCCGAUUCACGGCUAUACGAUAGCAACCCAAUGAGACAGAGGCGACCUCCACUGUGCCGUGAGCAGCAUGCAAGCUGGGACCCUCUGCCUUGUGGUAAUGAGUCCUAUGGAUAUCAUUCAUAUCCUUUGAGUAACAGCCUGAUGCCGUGUUGCGAGCGAGUGAUGGUCCGCAGCAUGCCAGACAAAAUGGAACAAAUCUGGAACUCGCCAUGGGAGAUGCCAUCGGCAGCUGAACAUCAAGAGCGGUAUGUCAUCCCAGACCACCAGUAUCAAACAUAUCGGAACCUUUGUAACAUCUUUCCUGCUUACGUAGUCCACUCGGUAAUGGAGAAGAACCCUCAUUUGACAGAUCCACAACAGCUUGCCGCCAUCAUUGUCACAAAACUGAGGUCAUGCCAUUAAGCAGUUCAUCUUAUUAAACAUUCAAGAGCGAUGUGAUAAUGGGAAUUCAGAUUUUGAUUGCACAGAUAGGCACUUGUUAAAAUGUUGCUGCAUGUGCAACAUCUGCCCUCAGGAGUUUUUGUUAAUGUCUCGGGUGAGGAAAUAAGAUUUUACAUCACUAAGAUGACAUAGAAGUAAUCAACAUAGAGAAAGUUUGUCUGAUAAGUUUAUCUCAAAUUGUAAGAUGUUUUACAUUUGAAAGCUAUGUUUUUAUAUGAAGUGUGAUGCAGUAGACCUUAUUAGAAAUCUGCUUCAUAACACAUUCAUACCACCUGAGCAGGAGCUGCAUACCAGCUUCGUACCAUAGCCACGAUUAACUGAGCCAUUCUCCAACAUCAUUCAUUCUAGAAAAAAUAUACAGAAUACUCUGCCAACAUUUAGCAGGCUGGUAAAUGUCCACUAGCUCCAUUCUGAAACCGUUCCUUUGAUUUUAUUGAUCACAUUUGGUAUGAAAAUGAUCUAUGGAGCUCCGGACUGUUCAGUAUUAUGUUAAUAAAUAAGUUAUUAUGAAAUAAAUAACCACAGGAAUA